AUGCUGACGCUUGCCCUUGCUUACUCUAGGAACAAGGACUCCGGUGUUGAAGGAUUCCCCCUGCGGUCGUGGUCGAUUGAGAUCUACCUUGUCAAUGAACACGGCGAACAGGUGCCGGCGAACGUCUUCGACAAAGUGACAUACACGUUGCAUCCCAGCUUCGGGGACCGUGCGCGCGUCAAACAAACAGCUUUCAAGAACCCCCCAUUCAGAAUCUCGGAGGAAGGAUGGGGUGAAUUCGACCUGCAGAUUGGUCUCACUGCCGCCGAUAAGGAACACUUCCUCACGCACGACCUGAAUUUCGCACAGCCGCGCUACGAGUCCAAACAUGUCAUUACGUUCAAGAACCCCAAGCCAGCGCUGUUGGCUUUACUGCGCGAGUCGGGACCAGUACCCGGUGACGAGAACGGAGUGAAAUCGAAACGUGCCGCAGGAGGCGAGGAGGGAUCGAAAAAGAAGAAGCGGACGGAGAAGAAUGUCGACAUGGACAAAUUGGCAGAUGGCCUCCAAAGACUUGGAGAAGACGACCUCCUCCAGGUCGUGCAGAUGAUUGAAGUUAUCUUUGAGAAACAAUUGCUAAUCGGUAUUCACUGGCUUGCAGAAGGCGAAUUCCACGUCGACCUUUAUACCCUUCCGGACAACCUGAUCAAGAUGCUGUGGGAUUUUACACAAGAGAAGGGGGCUUUGUAG